CCCUCUUGUUAGGCUGAUCAAUGAGGAAUGAGGAGCUGUUUUCUUCAGAACACUUACUUAUGCUCUGCUGCUUCCAACUGACGAAGGAACAUCCACACUCACUCUGAGGAAAUGGCAUGCAAGUUUGGGACAUCUCUAGCUUUCUUCUUUCUCCUGGCAAGUCUGGCUGUCAUCAUUACAAUAUCCGUGAUCCAGGGUCAUAAGCGUGUCUUUGAGUCACGUCUGAAGUAUGGCAUAGUAAUCGACUCAGGCUCCUCCCGCUCUACUGUGCAUCUGUAUCAAUGGCCAGCCGAGAAGCAAAAUAACACUGGAGUGGUGAGCCAGACACUCAGAUGCAUGGUCGCUGGCCCUGGUAUAUCAGAUAUGUUAGUUGACAAUGCACAGGACCAGCAGUCCUGGGCGUCAAUCAGAGAAUGUAUGAACAACAUCACAAAAAUCGUCCCCGCAGACCUACACAAUUCAACCGUCCUCUACCUUGGGGCAACUGCUGGGAUGAGGCUGCUACAUUCACAGAAUGAAACUAAAUCCAAUGAGAUCUUAAGGAACCUGCAGAACUACCUCCAAUCUCUGCCGUUUAACUUCCAAAACGCCUCCAUCAUGUCAGGGAAAGAGGAAGGGCUGUACGGAUGGAUCACCGUCAACUACCUGUUGGGAAACUUCCUGGAGAGAAACAUAUGGAACAUGUGGGUGCGGCCUGCCGGAGGGAAGAUGGUGGGCUCCAUGGAUCUAGGAGGGGCGUCCACCCAGAUAGCGUUCACCCUCCCAGAUCCCAACGUCGAGGGUACAGACAUCGUACGGGUCUCCCUCUAUGGCUACGAAUACAACAUCUACACUCACAGCUUCCUGUGUUAUGGGAAGAACGAGGCAGAGAAGAGAGUCCUCGCUGCUUUAGUGAAGAACUCUGAGAACGCUACACAUGUGACCAACCCCUGCUUCAAUCUUGGUUACAACAUGACUGUGUCGGCUGAGUCCAUCUUUGGGACUGAGUGCAUAAAAGCGCCUGCCGACUACGACCCCAAACAGAUGAUCACCCUGAAGGGGUCAUCAGACAACGGAGCCUGUAGGGACGUGGUGCGAUCCAUAUUUGACCUGACCUCCUGCACGAAGAACUGUUCCUUUGACGGAGUCUACCAACCAUCCGUGGGACCCGGGGACUUUCUGGCCUAUGCUGGGUUCUUCUACACUGCUCAGGCUGUCGAGCUGAAAGGAAUUUCACAACUGGACCAGUGGAACUCCUCUACCUGGGAAUUCUGCUCCUGGGACUGGCCCACCCUCAAGCUAAAAAAGGCCUGGAUAGCUGAAAAAUACAGAAAGUCCUAUUGCUAUUCAGCACAUUAUGUCCAGACAUUACUUGUAAAUGGCUACAAGUUCAAUAAAGACACUUGGAAACACAUUGACUUCCAAAAACAGGUACAUAACACAAAUAUAGGCUGGAGUCUGGGCUACAUGCUACAUACAUCCAACAUGAUCCCUGCUGAGGCCAAGCUGGUGCGUCUGCCCAUGGCCAACUCUGUGUUCGGUGGCCUCCUCUUCCUCUUCACCGCCCUCACCAUCGUCAGUGUCAUGUUCCUGAUCAUCAAGGCUGUGCGCGCCUGCUACUGAGCCCCACUAGAGGGCAGAGUGUUCAAAUUACAGUUAAACCUAGAGUUGCAAAAUUACAGUAACUUUCCCAAAAUGUGUUUUUUCCAGAAAUCCGGGUUGGAAGAUUCCUGGAAUCAGGAGGGAAUGGAAUCCUCCAACCAGGCUUCUAGAAAACCUUGGAAUUUUGGGAAAGUUACAGAAUAUGUACAACCCUAGUUACACCCGAUGGAGGAAAGUGCUUCUGGUAGCACCCAGACACAAUUACAGCAGGCAACAAUAGAACACUGACAGAUGCAAGGUAUUAUCACCAGAUAUUAUCAUCAUCAGUUAAAAAGAUUUAAAAGGAUCUUACAGCCCACAUAGAGUCUUAUUAAUUUUAUUUUUAAAUCAUCACUAUAUGUCUAAUAAAUCAAUGUGUGUGUGUUUAUUUCAUGAAAAUAACUCCAAAUAUAUUUGUUAUUAUUUAUUUCGAGCUUCCUUUACAAUUGAAAUGCUCAGUCUGAUCGUGUGGGUGUGUUGAUAUAAAUGUAAAUAUAUUUACAUACACAGCCCUGAUUGGCAAAUAGGAUCAUCUAGACUCUAGACUAGAGCCUACCCUGUUUACACCUUCAAAGUAGGAUGAUACAUAUGCUAAUGCAUUAUAAGAUCUUGUUCGCUGCUUUAGGCUCAUCCCAAACAGACGAAUGAGACAAUUCUAAGAGAUUCAGUGAUUUCAAACGCUCAAUUGGUCUUUAAAGUAAAAUAAAAGAGAAGUAUUAAUUGCAUAGUGAACUGCUGAGCAAAAAUGAUCCCGUUUGCACUAAGUCAUCAGCUAUACAGUACUGUAGAUCAGGAGGUUGAAUGAAGGUUGAAGGCCGCAUGGUAAACACCUGAAAUGACUACAAUCUCUUUAUUACAUAUUUUGCUGGAUGGCAUGGCAUUAUCGGUUAUGUGAUCAUCUACCUCAGAGAUCUUGCAUGUUUCUCGUCUGAUGUACUAUAUCAGCAAAUCCUUGUCAUACAGUCAUUUUUUGUUGGUUGAAUGUUCCAUAUUAACAAUAAACUGAACAUUACCCAUGA